AUGGCGAAUCGACUAAAAACAUAAAUCCAAUUUAGUGAUGAUUAAUCUAAUUCGAAUACAUUUGACACUAUUGAAACCAAAAGAUUUGAAGAUCAUUAUGAAUGUCUGUAGACCAUAGGCUAAGGUGCUCAUGCAGUAGUAAAGACAGCCAGGAAAAAAGGAACAGACGAGAUCUACGCUGUGAAAAUAGUGCGUUCUGGAGAUCAGGAAAUUUAAAACAAUGUGAGGAGGACAUUUAACAAUACUAGGUGUCUAAAGCAUUCAAACAUUGCUCAGGAUAUUGAAUUGUACAUCAAUGAGAAAAGCGAAACCUCCUUUUUAGUUAUGGAGUACUGCAAUUUUCCCAGUUUGGAGACUGUCAUCAAGAAGCGUGUAUUGACAUCAGAGGAGUUAAAAGUGAUUAUAAAAUAAUUGUUGCUUGCAGUCUAGCAUUCUCACUCCAAAGGCAUUUGUCAUAGAGAUCUUAAACCUGACAAUAUACUUGUCAAUUUGGAGGAGAAUAGCAAUCCACCACAUGUGAAACUGGUGGAUUUUGGAGUUUCCCGUCGAUUUGUAUCCAAAGGACAAGAAAUUGAUAUGCUGACAAAAACAGGCAACAUUUUUUACUGUGCUCCUGAAAUAUUUCAUAGUAGUAGUUACUCAAAAGAAGUUGACAUUUGGGCAAUAGGAGUCAUCAUAUAUUAAUGUACUUUUCAAAAAUUACCUUUACAUUCCAAUGAAUUAUCAGAUUUUAUUAAUUUAUUAGGCAGUCCAGAUAAAUGGACAUUCAAAGAAUCUUUAACUUAACUUGAGUUGCCAUUAUCUAAUUUAAUAAUGUCAAUGCUUAAUCCAAAAUCAGAAGGUAGGAUAACAGCAGAGGAAGCUAUUCGACAUCCUUUCUUUGAAAUUGGAACCAUUCGUGAUGUCAUGGCUUUGUUGAGUAAAGAUAAUAUAGAACGAGAUAAUUGUGAAAGGUGUAAAUCAUUGUAGAAUAGUUUAAAAAUGAAUGAGCAAUGGGGGAAUGUAAUCAAAAAGUUACAAAAUAGCGUUAAUGAGAAUGAAAAUAUUAAUAUUAAUGAUUUAGUCCAAGACUUCGGGAAUAUUCACAUCAUCCAAAGACACACUGUAAAAUGUGGUUAAAUCCAAUUAAUGAACUCAGUUGGAAGUAGCAAUGCAUUUAUGAGUAAAUUGGGAUCCAGACAAGAAAUACUUGAUAAAAGUUGCGGCCUUCAGUUUUGUGGUUCAUCAAAUAAGACAAUCCAUCAAGAUCCCUUUGGAGACAUAUGCAAUAUUCAAAGCAGCUUGGAGAUGAAAGAAGAACUCUAUAAUUCAAAUAAUAAACUAAUCUUCUAAUUAGGAAAUAUUUUGGAUUAAAAUUAAGAAAUUACUCCAAGUGAAUGGCAAUUGUAAACACAAAAGCAAAAUAUUCAACAGGAACAAUAAGGUUCAAAAAAGAGAGGGUCAUAAGUUAAUAGGAUGCUGAACGAAUUAGGUAUUAAGGAAGUGGAUGAAAUUACUGAAGAUUAAUCUUGA